AUGUCGUCGCUCUUGGUGACCGUCCUUAUGGUCUCGUCUGCCCUUUGCAGCGUACUCGAAAUCUUUCACCACUCAGAUGCCGCCCUCGCUCGCAGACACGAGUGGUACAACAACCUCGAGAACCUCAAGGAGCUGGGCAAGAUCUGUAGAAACUCGGAUGACAAGCGCAGCCUUCUGGUGGCCCGAGGGCCCCCUGCCGGAUACACCAAUGUUGAAGUUGGGGAUAUCAAAACCGCCCGCUCCGGCAGACUGUGGACAGAGAACCUGGUCAGCUGCAUCGGCAUCGCCAUGAUCGGCGACCAGCACGACGGGAACAAGGACAACCAGAUCCUGGCCCACCUUGUCUACGUGGCUGUGCCCGACACCGGAAACUUCGACACCUCGGAUGGCGCCAAGAAGUCCAUGGAAGAGAUCAUCAAUGGCCUGAUGGGAGCCUUGAAGGACGAGACUGAGCUCCAGCCCAAGCUUGGGAACCAUGCCAAUGAGGGGAGCAUGCAGAUCGACGCUGAUCUGGUCGUCAAGGUGUAUGGAAACAGGUGGUAUUUUUGA